AUGAGUGAUUUGGAAUUCGACACGUCCAAAGGGAAGGUCACUCUGUGGCAGUUUCUCCUUCAACUUCUGCUGGACCCACGCUACUCGGAUAUUAUUCGCUGGACGAACAAUGCUGGCGAAUUUGUGCUCCUGAGAGCGGAGGAAGUGGCGCGACUGUGGGGCCUGCGGAAGGACAACAACCACCGCAUGAACUACGACAAACUCUCGCGUGCUCUGCGUUACUACUACCAGAAGAACAUAAUCCGCAAGGUUCAAGGCCACAAAUUUGUCUAUCAGUUUAUUGGCCUGCAUAGGUUAAGGGGCUUGAUGCGUCUGCACGCCGCGGAUAAGCUCCCGGCAGAUUCGUAUUUCUCAACCGACCACAUACGGCCGCACAGACGCCAGUCGGCGUCAGCUAAGUCGCUAUCAAGCAUUUCACCAGAAGGCCAUUUAAACGAGUUCUCGCCAUUUCAAAAGCCAAAUCACUUUGAUUCCUUUCCGGGUCCGCCGUUCUCAUGUUCACCAAAGUCUUCACCAAUGACAUUGUCCACUCAGGAGUCCUCGAAGUUCAGCUUGCACCUGCCAAAUUCAUUCUCACCGACUUUAAAUCCACAGCUAAGUCUUGGGACGUCGAACACGUCCGUCCUUCAUUCUCCGCCAAUGGAGUUGUCCGAUCCAACGUCGGAUUUUGCUAGGGCUUGCACAAGCCUCCAGAAGAAUAGCGAGGCUCUACACUACUCCAUGGCAUCGAAGGACAACGUGGAUGCAAUUGCUUCCCUGGCGUGCAAAGAGGUACUUCGUGCCCUCAUACCGAAUCGACCGUCGACAGAUAGGUCGGCUAGGCGCCAAUCAUCGCCAAAUUGCCACUGUAGCUGCCAUUGCUCGGCCGCUACCAACAAACUCGUUGAGACCCACCCUCCGCAUUUCUCCCCACCCUCACUGACCCCUCAAAAACCCAGAUCAACUGAAUGCUGGCCACCGACAAAUGAGGGUCUUCAGGAAGACACACUGUCUUCCUCCACGUCCGACCAUCGCUCCUACCUUCAUUGGCAACGUCACAUGAUCAACAUGAACCGGCUGAAAGAACAGAUUCAGCGAGUAGCUGGUGGGGAGGACAGAAAGCCACCCAUUUUUCGACCCUUCGACAGUCCCCAAAGCGAUCCACUGAAGCAUGGCGAGGUUGGAAGCGUCAGGCGUGCUCCCGCUUCCUCGGACGACCGCAGUGGUAACUACAUUUGGAUGCCGAUUCAAGUGGACCUUGUGGGCCACUUCAUGACGAUGCUGUCUCAGUCGCUUCAGAGCCAUCAGCCCAGAGAACCUCCCCCAGCUCAUUCCACUUCCUCCCCCUCCUCGUCGUCCUCCUCCUCCUCCAACGCAAACACCUCCUCCGUCACCCACGGCUGA